AUGUCUUCAGCCACUGCACAUGAUGCCAAACAGCGGCAGAAACAGAGUGAAGAAGUUGCUCAACAUCUCCUCAAGCUUGCGCGCGAGGUUCGCGACUCCAUCUACACUUUGGCUAUGGAACAUUUGCCGACGCGCUUCUCCCUCGAAUAUGGGAUGCAGCUGAAUGCACUCACACUCUACCCUCAAACCCUCAAACCCUUCCCCUUUUGUGUUUUACAAACAGACAGAUCUAUGACGAAGGCGUACAUGCUUGGCUUCGACGUACACGCUUCGUCCUUCCCGACGAUACCGAGAGAAGCCAAGAGCCGCUCCUUCGAUUCAUCCACAGCCCGUAGCAGCGAAGGAAGCAGCAAGGGCGAUGAACUCAUAAUGUGUCGCAUCAUAUAG